CAAAUGCAGGGGAGACUUUUAGGAUACUUGGUCUUCAACAGACAUAAUUUUAGGUUAUUAAUAUGUCAGGGCCAUCUAUAGGAGAUUACGGGCCUGGAGAAACGGAACAAUGCCAGGAAAGACCAUGGUAUAGGCUCUAACACUUCUGUUAGAGGUGUCUGGACCCUGCCCUGUGGAUCACAACCCCACUCAGGUCUAUCUUGGGGCAAAAGGCAGCCACCUCACUUGGCUUACCUAAGAGACUGGCCCGUGAGAUGCACACAUCAUUACAAUGCCUCACUGAGGGAAAAGAAUGUCCUGGGUUAAGAUGGGCCACGGGCUACAGACCAAGAGUUUUAGAAGAUAGGAAACGGGCAAUGGCGUGUGCCCUCCAAGUCCCCUGGUAUGGAACAUUUGGAGUUAGGUAAGCAACUUAGGUGAGCAACGGACGACAGGAGAGGACGGGGGAGGGGUGUUCUAAGAGGCAUAGAGAUUUUGUUUCCUCUCUCAAGGUACCGUCUUACAUUAUAUAGUCUGUAGUCUUUCUUCAUGAUACAUCCCUCCAUGAUGUCAAAGGCUUAGUCAGGGAGCACUGAAGCUGAUGCUGUGGAAGGACGUCACAGAAUAAGGAAACUUUCUGAAGGACAAUAGAUCAGAAAGACUAGGAAGAGACACAGCAAAAGGCUGUAACUCUCAAGAGGUAGGUCGCUGCCAUCCGUUAGGCAGCCAGCAUAUACCUGGGGCUACCACCUGAGUCUCCGAAGGUUGGCAUGUCCGGGAGAGCUGCUGAUGGACACAGGCCCUGCAUCAUCAACUGAUUCAUUUGGACCAUGUCAGUGGCAGCUGCAGUGAGAGACUCUGCCUCCAUCCUGCCUUCUCUACAGAAAAACCAAACGAUUAUGAAUGAGACUGAAAGAGCACUUCAGACUUGGGCUCCCCAGAUGAAGGACUUAAGGCUGGGGCUAGGACCAGUACCUUCACAUGUCAAGUUGGGGAUCAUGUUGCUCGUGGCAAUGAUUUUUUUCUCAAGAAUGUACUGCGGCACAGAAUCGGUGUAUUACUCCUCCUACGAAACCAUCAUCCCCCAGAGUCUGACAGUGAAGGGAAGGGAAGACCCAGUGGAAAAGGCAUCCUACACGCUAUAUAUCCAGGGCCAGAAACAGGUGAUUCACUUGAAGGUGAAGAAAGACUAUUUUGUAAGCGACUUUCGGGUCUUCAGCUACCACAAUGGGAUCCUGGAGCAAGAUAUGCCUUUCAUCUCACAGGACUGCUACUAUGAAGGCUACAUAGAAGGAGUCCCAGGCUCUUUUGUUUCUGUCAACACAUGUUCAGGCCUCAAGGGCAUCCUGAUUAAGGAGGAACAAUCCUAUGGCAUUGAGCCCAUGGAGUCUUCUAAACGGUUUGAACAUGUGCUGUACACCUUGGCACACCAAGCUCCAGUCUCCUGUAGUGUCACCUCCAAUAAGAAUCAACAAGGGGUGUCCAUCAGCCGGCAACAAGGGAGCAGAAAGCUUCAUAAUCUAGGGGUGCCUUCCUACUUGUGGUCACACACCAAGUACGUGGAAAUGUUUGUCGUGGUGAACCACCAGCGGUUCCAAAUGUGGGGCAGUAACGUUAAUAAGACAAUCCAGGGAGUGAUGGACAUCAUUGCUCUGGCCAACAGCUUCACUAGGGGAAUAAACACAGAGGUAGUGCUGGCCGGAAUGGAGAUCUGGACCGAGGGGGACCUAAUAGAGGUCCCCGUGGACUUGAGAGUUACACUCAGGAAUUUCAACAGCUGGAGGCAACAGAAGCUCUUCAGUCGUGCGAAGCAUGAUGUUGCUCACAUGAUUGUUGGGCAUCAUCCCGGACAGACCAUGGGACAGGCAUUUCUCAGUGGUGCCUGUUCAAGGGGUUUUGCAGCAGCUGUUGAAUCCUUCCCUCAUGAAGAUGUCCUCCUGUUUGCCGCGCUCAUGGUCCAUGAGCUGGGGCACAACUUGGGUAUUGAGCACGACCAUUCGGCCUGCAUUUGUAAAGAUAAGUACUUUUGCCUCAUGCAUGAAAACAUCACCAAAGUAAGUGGCUUCAGCAACUGUAGCUCUGACUCCUUCUACCAGUUUCUCCAUAAACACAAAGGGGCGUGUCUGUUUAACAAGCCAGGGCACAAAGGUCGUACACGUAGGGAUGCCUCCUGUGGAAAUGGUGUGGUGGAGGACAUGGAGGAGUGUGACUGUGGUCCUAACUGUGCCACUCACCCAUGCUGUGACCCAACAUGUAGACUGAAGCCGGAGGCACAAUGCAGUAAUGGAUUGUGCUGUUCUUCCUGCAAAUUCAAAGCAAAGGGAACGCCUUGCCGUCACAUUCAGGGAGAUUGUGACCUCCCAGAGUAUUGUGAUGGUAAAUCUGAAACAUGCCCCGCAAACGUGUACAAGCAAGAUGGCACAUCUUGUGAAGGAACGAAAGCUUGUGUUGAGGGUCAGUGUAACAGCCCUGAUCAUCAGUGCAGGAGUAUUUAUGGGUUCCAUGCAAAGUCUGCCCCCAAAAAUUGUUACACUUCAUUGAACAGCAAAGGGGACAGGUUUGGAAACUGUGGCCGUCCUACUUCGUCUAACCCAAGAUACGUUCAGUGUGAUGGUGAUAACGUAUUCUGUGGGAAACUUGUAUGUACUGAUAUUGACUACUUACCAAUAAUCAAACCCCAACAUACAGUGAUUCAGAUCCCUGAUACAAAAGAAUGGUGUUUUGGCUUAGAUGCUUAUGAUGGUACUGAUAUUCCUGAUGACGGAGACGUGCAGAGUGGGACUUACUGUGCCCCAAACAAGGUCUGUUUCAAUUACUCCUGUACUGAUUACAGUACGCUCACCUUUGAGUGUGAUCCAGCCCUAACAUGUCAUGGGAGAGGAGUGUGCAACAAUUUACAACACUGCCAUUGUAGGGAUGGCUUUGCCCCACCUAACUGCAGUCAACCAGGCACUGGGGGUAGCGUGGACAGUGGUUCCCCUAGCAAGCCUAGCGAAAGUGGAGGAGGUGGUGGGGGUGAGCAAUCUGUUUACUUGAAAGAAAAACCCCUCCUAGAUUUGCUAAUUGUAUCAAUUCCUGUGGUUCUUUUACUGUUAUUACUAUGUUUAUGCAUCAUCUGUUGUGUAUGUAAGUUACGUGCUGGAAAAAAACAACCUCCUCCCACCGAAAAGGUUCCAGAGGAGAUCCCAGCAGAGGCCCCAGAAGAAGAGGUUCCAGAAGAAGAGGUCCCAGAAGAGGAGGCCCCAGAAGAAGAGGCGCCAGAAGAAGAGGAGCCAGAAGAAGAGGCCCCAGAAGAAGAGGCCCCAGAAGAGGAAGGUGGUGAAGAAGAGGAAGAACCAGGGUCAGAAGACUAGUAGUGGGAGAAUGAAGCCAACUAUAUCAAACAACUGAAGCACUGGGUAGGAAUGAGAGGCUCAGUGAAGCAAAGGUUAAGUGGGAAGUGCUAGUUCCAGUGACUCUGAUGAGGAACUAUAUAUAAAAGAGGAGUUCCCCCUACUUUCUUUAUUCAUUUUAGUAAUUAUGAUUUUAUUUACUAAAAUGAAUACAUUAAAUUAUUAUUUUACAAAUUUUUGCUCUUCUUCAUUUAUGAAAGAAUUUCAUCUGUACUCUUUAAAUAAAUCUUUGACAGCAAAGUCCUUGUCUCAAAAGGGUCAACUUUUUUCUCACUAGAAAAUGUUUUCCAGGACAUGCCAUCUUUCAUUUAAAUUUACAUAUAGUUUUAUCUAUACCUGUAUUUACUCCUAUUGCUGGAAUUUUCACCUCAAGUAACAACUGUCUAUAAUGUCAGGGCAGUUGUUUAUAUAAUUGGUUGUUUUAAUUUGUCCUAUAAAUGUGCAUUCAUGAAAUGAGAGAUGA